CCACUUCCCACUUACUGCUGUCCUCCGGAACCAUACGUAAUGGUCACGUUCCCCGGGGACCUGUUUUGAUGUGACACCACGGGAGGACAGAGCAGCAGGCUGUGGUGGUUCAGGCGGACUACGAGGCGCCCCGUGCCGUGUGUCUCCGCCCUCGCCGGAAAUGCGCACCUGAAUAUAAUUAAUCAAUAAAUGUCCUUUCCACACGUCUCCUAUGCGUCCUUAUUCAAUAAAUGCAUGCAUGUGGCGGUAACGAUUCUAACCCCUCAAUGUCUACUGGUGGAGACAUGCUGGACUACCUGGUUCACUCGGGUAAUAUCAGCAAACCUGACGGUCUGUACGCUACCUGGUUUCACAGAGCCAACAACAAGGAGCAAAUGAACAGCGCUCUCAGAAGCGAUGCUAUGAUCCUGGAGGCUGAUGUCACUCUGGAGGGUUAUAACACACCUGCUAUGAAACCAAUACCUAUCAUGGCCCACCCACCUGAUGUCUAUAGUGACAACACUCUGGACCAAUGGUUGGAUGCUGUGCUGGCCUCUAGAAAAGCCAUGAAGCUGGAUUUUAAGUCUCUGGAAUCAGUGGGUUUGUCACUGGACGUGCUUAAUAAAAAGAACAGUCACAGAAGAAUAGACAGACCUGUCUGGCUUAAUGCAGACAUCGUUCAAGGUCCCAACGUGCCAGCCUUUGUGCCUCCAGUCAAUGGAACCAGAUUUCUGGAGUUGAUUCAGGAGAAGUUUCCAGAUGUGACAUUGUCUCCUGGAUGGAAGGUGCUCUAUGUUCCUCCACCAGUCCCCUCGCAAACCUAUAGCAGGGCCAUGAUGGAAGAAAUGUAUGAUAUGAUCAAAGACGUGACCCAAAAGGUGACGUUCCCAGUUCACGCCCUGUUGGUUCGCAGUGGCUGGGAGCACAUCAGCUGGCUCCUCAACCAGUCACCACGGUUCAGUCUGACAUUGUGGCAGGGCUCAAUUCACCCAAACGUCAGUGACCUGCUGUUUGUCCGAGACAACACCGACCCUGCCAGAGUCUACUACGAUAUAUAUGAACCCACGCUGUCUGAAUUCAAACAGGCUGUAGAGGAGCGGGGUCGUCUGAGGAGAUUCUAUCCUGGAGGAGACCUGAUGGACUUCCUCUAUCCAACUGUACGCAGCAGCCUGGAAGUCCAAUGGUUCACAGUCACUGACCGGACCUCCCUGUUAGUCCAACUUUCAGAUGGUGCUGGUGGUAUGUUGCUGGUUCACGUGGCUUCUGACAGCAACCAACCUGGAGUCCCUGUGGUGGAAGGUUCUGGAAAAGGCUCAGAGGCCCUUACACUGCAGAUGGUGCUGGUGGUAUGUUGCUGGUUCACGUGGCUUCUGACAGCAACCAACCUGGAGUCCCUGUGGGUGGAAGGUUCUGGAAAAGGCUCAGAGGCCCUUACAACUGCAGGUAUUUUAUGA